AUGUUGGAGAUCCAGCUGGACGAUGGCGGCGUCGGCGGCUACCCGGGGGACGACUACUGCUCGGGCUCGGUGAUGUCGGAGCGCGUCUCGGGCCUGGCCAACAGCAUCUACCGCGAGUUCGAGCGCCUGAUCCGCUGCUACGACGAGGAGGUGGUCAAAGAGCUGAUGCCGCUGGUGGUGACGGUGCUGGAGAACCUCGACUCGGUGCUGACCGACAACCAGGAGCACGAGGUGGAGCUGGAGCUCCUGCGGGAAGACAACGAGCAGCUGCUCACCCAGUACGAGCGGGAGAAGGCGCUGCGCAAGCAGGCCGAGGAGAAAUUUAUUGAAUUUGAAGAUGCACUGGAACAGGAAAAGAAAGAGUUACAGGUUCAGGUGGAGCACCUGGAAUUUCAAACACGGCAGCUGGAGCUGAAGGCCAAGAACUAUGCGGACCAGAUUUCCAGGUUGGAGGAGCGUGAAUCUGAAAUGAAGAAAGAAUACAAUGCUCUACACCAGCGGCACACAGAGAUGAUCCAAACCUAUGUGGAACACAUUGAGAGAUCCAAGAUGCAGCAAGUUGCUGGAAAUAGUCAAAAUGAGAGUGGUCUAUCUGGGAGAAGCAUGAAGAGGCGUCCUAAUUCUCUGAACAUCCCCCUCACAGAUGAUAUGGUACGUGGGCAGGUGGGGGCCAAGAUUGCCCCCGCAGUGGACCACUGGCACCUGAGUGACCUCAGUCAGCUGCAGUCCAACUCCGUCUACAAGCAAUGUCCACCUGAUGAAAUGUCGGAAUCCGGACAGUCCUCUGCAGCCGCCACGCCCAGCACCACGGGAACAAAAUCGAAUACCCCCACGUCCUCGGUACCCUCGGCUGCUGUGACGCCCCUGAAUGAGAGCCUUCAGUCGAUGAACGACUAUGUCACUUCCAAAAACAACAAACGGUCGCGGGAGAAACGGAACAGCCGAAAUAUGGAAGUUCAAGUGGUCCAGGAGACAAGGAACGUGAGCAUAGGAAUGGGAAGCAGUGACGAGGGGUCGGAUUUUCAAGAUAUUGACUCUACUCCAGAGUUGGACAUGUGCCAAGAUCCUAGACUGGAGCGCACAGGGAACAGCCCCACACAAGGGAUAGUGAAUAAAGCGUUCGGCAUCAAUACCGAUUCACUGUAUACCGAGCUUACUGAAGUGGGCUCAGAGGCUAUUGGAGACGUGGAUGAAGGAGCAGAUCUGCUAGGGGAAUUUUCAGUACGGGAUGAUUUCUUUGGAAUGGGCAAAGAAGUGGGGAAUCUCUUGAUGGAGAAUUCGCAGCUGCUGGAGACCAAAAAUGCUCUGAAUAUUGUGAAGAAUGACUUAAUUGCAAAAGUGGACCAGCUUACAGGAGAACAAGAGGUGUUGAAAGGAGAGCUGGAAGCAGCAAAGCAGGCAAAAACUAAGAUGGAAGCCCGCAUCAAGGAACUAGAGGAAGAGCUUAAAAAAGUGAAAUCGGAGGUGAUAGUUGCCCGCCGAGAACCCAAAGAAGAGGUGGAGGAUGUAAGCAGCUAUCUCUGUACAGAAUUGGACAACAUCCCUAUUGCUCAGAGACGGCGCUUCACCCGUGUGGAGAUGGCUCGCGUUCUGAUGGAGCGCAACCAGUACAAAGAAAGGUUGAUGGAACUGCAGGAGGCUGUCAGGUGGACGGAAAUGAUCAGAGCCUCCCGAGAACAUCCUUCCGUUCAGGAGAAGAAAAAAUCCACCAUUUGGCAAUUCUUCAGCCGAUUGUUCAGUUCCUCCUCCAGCCCUCCACCAGCAAAAAGGAGCUACCCAUCAGUUAAUAUCCACUACAAAUCUCCCACAGCAGCUGGGUUAAGCCAGCGUCGCAGUCACACUCUGUGUCAAAUCUCUGCCGGGAACCGAACUCUUGAGUUUUUCCCAGAUGAUGACUGCACAUCGACGGCACGGCGUGAGCAGAAGCGAGAGCAAUACCGUCAAGUCCGCGAACACGUCAGGAAUGAUGAUGGCCGUUUACAGGCGUGUGGGUGGAGCCUGCCAGCCAAAUACAAACAGUUGAGUCCCAAUGGUGGCCAAGAAGAUAAUCGGAUGAAAAAUGUCCCUGUGCCUGUUUACUGUCGCCCCCUAGUGGAGAAGGAUCCUACCAUGAAGUUAUGGUGUGCAGCUGGUGUGAAUCUGACCGGUUGGAAGCCCGGGGUGGAACCGGAUGUUGCAAAUGGUCAAAAGCCUGAUCCGGGAUGUGACCCACUAACCUGCGAUCGAGAGACGGAAGGAGAGAAUACGAAGAGUAAUCACACGUCUCCAGAAAAGAAAAAGACCAAAGAACUGCAUGAGAUGGAUGCCACAUCCAGUAGAGUCUGGAUCCUCACCAGCACCUUAUCGACUAGCAAAGUGGUUAUCAUCGAUGCCAACCAACCAGGAACGGUGGUGGAUCAUUUCACAGUUUGCAACGCCCAUGUUCUUUGCAUCUCCAGCAUUCCAGCGGCCUGUGAUACUGACUAUCCUCCUGGAGAAAUCUUUCUAGAAAGGGACUUGAACCCUGAGGAAUCUUCGGGAACAGAUGGAGUCUUAGCAGGCAUCACUUUAGUUGGCUGCGCAACUCGUUGCAAUGUCCCUAGUAGCAAUUGCUCCUCCCGUGGAGACACCCCCGUGUUGGAUAAAGGACAAAAUGAAGUGGCUGCAACAAGCAACGGUAGGAUUGAUCAGUCCCAGUCCACCGAAGAGGCCACGGAAGCCACGGAGGUGCCAGAGAACGGCGUGAGCGAAAUGGAGCCAGCCCAAGUCCGGACUGGCCCCCUUACAGAACAUGUGUUUACUGAUCCAACACCAGCUCAGGCACCUGCAAGGCAGAACAGUGAGAAUGGCCAUCCAAAAAUGGAGCCAAGCGCGGCAGUGCCGGAUCAAGAGGCAAAUGGCAAUACAGUGGGUGCUACCACCAGUGCCGCCCCCACCAUGUGGCUUGGAGCACAGAACGGCUGGUUGUAUGUACACUCAGCAGUGUCAAACUGGAAGAAGUGCCUACAUUCCAUCAAGUUGAAGGAUUCAGUACUAAGUUUGGUGCAUGUGAAAGGGCGAGUUCUUGUGGCUCUUGCAGAUGGAACCCUUGCCAUAUUCCAUCGGGGAGAAGACGGUCAGUGGGAUCUCAGCAACUACCAUCUCAUGGAUCUAGGCCACACCCAUCAUUCCAUUCGCUGCAUGGCUGUGGUAUACGACAGAGUGUGGUGUGGCUAUAAGAACAAAAUUCAUGUCAUCCAGCCAAAGACAAUGCAGAUCGAGAAGUCCUUUGAUGCUCACCCUCGCCGGGAGAGUCAGAUCCGGCAGCUGGCCUGGAUUGGAGAUGGAGUUUGGGUUUCCAUCCGUCUGGACUCCACUCUGCGGCUCUAUCAUGCCCACACUCAUCAACACCUACAGGAUGUGGAUAUUGAGCCCUAUGUCAGCAAAAUGUUAGGGACUGGAAAACUGGGUUUCUCCUUUGUACGGAUCACAGCUUUACUCAUCGCUGGCAAUCGCCUGUGGGUCGGCACGGGCAACGGCGUGGUCAUUUCUAUCCCUUUGACCGAGACUGUAGUCCUUCACCGAGGUCAACUUCUUGGGCUCAGGGCCAACAAGACCUCACCAACAUCUGGAGAGGGGAACCGCCCUGGAGGUGUCAUCCAUGUCUACGGUGGAGAUGACAGCAGUGACAAGUCCACUAGUAGCUUUAUCCCAUAUUGUUCUAUGGCGCAAGCCCAGCUUUGUUUCCAUGGACACCGCGAUGCAGUCAAGUUCUUUGUCUCCGUGCCUGGAAAUGUCCUUGCCACAUUGAAUGGGAGCGUCCUGGAUAGUCCUUCAGAGAACCCCAGCACAGAUACCGUCGAGGAGGAAGGACAGAAGCUGAAAAAUGUCCUCGUGUUAAGCGGGGGUGAAGGAUACAUUGACUUCCGGAUUGGCGACGGAGAAGACGACGAGACCGAAGAAAACGCAGGCGAUGUUGCCCAGGUGAAGCCAAUCCUCUCCAAGGCUGAACGAAGUCACAUCAUCGUCUGGCAGGUGUCCUACAUCCCGGAAUGAGCCUCUUUUCCUCUUCCUGCCAGUAUAAUUUUCUCCCUUCCACUGACACCCACUUCCCGAAUGCCAAUAUGUACAUACAGAACUUUUGCAUAAUUCCUACCGCUGGCCUGUCCGAUCCCAGAUAACGACAACCAUUCCUGUGCCAUGCAGUGGCUCCCUCCCUCUCCAGGUUUACAGUGAUGGUCUUGAGAUGGUGGGACUUUCUAGAUUGGCUGGGUUACCGUUGGCUUUCCGGUGGGAGGGAAUUUUGGGAUGGAGUCUGUUGCAUCAGAAGUCAAGACGCAAAGGAAGACCACACCCUUGGCUCAGAAGGAUUGGACAACUUUUCCAAGACAGCCCCCUCCUUCUCUUCCUUCUCUUCCUUCCUACCUGCAUGGAGAAAAGUACCUAUGAACUGCUUAACUGGCUUACUCCCUUUGCCACCAUGGAAACUUGUGUCGACAGCUGGGAUUGGUCUCCAAAGCCAGUAGGAGCGAGAUGUUUUUGAGAGCAACCAACAUCCCUCGUCCUUUCUUCCUUCACAUUUAAUUCUGUGAGGUCCAGGCACGGAUUUGGGAGCGAUCUGAACUUGGCUAAAGUAUCUUAAAAUCUGUACCCCAGGAAGGUUUACAGGUAUGUUUGGGAAUGAUAGCCACAUGUCAGCGGUUGGCGCUGUAUCUUAGAAUAUGGACUCUGGGCACAGGGUGAGUUCCUAUCACUAAAUCUAUUUUAAAUUGGGCACUGAUGGGUUCACCGCGGUCUAGGCACCAGUCUGGAAACCGUUCUGGGCUCUUUGAAGAUGCAGAAGGAUAGAGGUGCAGUAAAGAUAAUAAGGGUUUACCAGAUGAGCGUUUGGGACCUUGCCUACAGCAAGCCAGAAAAGUCUGAACUUCUUCCUCCUUGAAAUAUUCCAGAGCUGCAUUGGAUGGAUAUUUUGGAGGGCGAAACCACCUUUGAUAUAUUGGGUGGGGUGUGUGCUCUGCUGGGAGCUGCAGGAAUAUAAAUCACAAAAUCUUUCCGGUUAUCUAUCUUGGAAAGAGAAAAAAUCAGGGUAGAAACUAGGAGAAAUCAACCCAACAUGAGAGACAAAUGGGUCAGAGAAUGUAAGGGUAGAAUGUGCAGAGAGAGAGGCCAAUUGUCCAGGAGAAAGAAGUAGGGAAGAGGGGAAGUGAAGGACAGCUGAAGGUUCUUAGAAGUCCUUCCUUCUUAGACUAGGACUUGUAGAAGUAGCAAAAGAAAUCUGAGGCAGAUGAAGACAGGGUUACGAGUCUGAUGAGGUCCGAAAAAGCUGUUAAGGAGAUGAACUUUUAUCUUCUGUAAGGAUACAUUGUUUGGAAGUGUUUCAAAGGCUGAUGAACUUGGAUCAGAUCCCAGGACCAUCCCAGAUCAUCUUAAGUAUCCUUUUCUAGCCUUUCCCAACUGGCUGCCUUCCAGCUGGGUCUAUAAAGGCAAUUCCCCCAGUGAGUUAAGGUCAGCUUCUAAGGUCUUCAUCGACACAUCCGUGUUGGCUUCUUCUCCUUGUUUCAACCAUCCAGUCUGGCCUACAACCCUGGGGUUAGUUAGUUGGUGGUCUCCUAUGCCAAUCUGACUUGCUUGGCUUUUGGAGAUCAGCUGUGGUUCGCCAGGUGCUACUGAGACAUAUCAGGGCUACCUUUCCCCAAAACUCUUAAACCCACCUGGCCUGAAAGGGAAUUCAGAAAAAGUUGUACCUCGAACACGAAGGGUAGCAAGUUCAGGAAGGUCGAUACGGCAUGGCAAACCCACCAAGCCAACAAAAUUGGCUCCACGAUUAAAAAUGAAAAUUGUUGAUUGAAGCCGCAAUGCUGUUCAUGUCUCAGAAAGUAAGCUGUUCCUUAGUUCGAUGGGAUUUGCUUCUGGGUAAAGCUACAGAGCACUGCAUUUUUCCCCAAGGGGAGAAUAAACAAACAAACGAAUAUAUAAAGAAAGAAAGAGAGAGGGCGCACUUAGGCUGGGUACCCUACGACAAUGUUUCUCGGCUACUUUAAAAGAAAUUUUGGAAAAAUCAUGGAGAAUUCUGGGCGUUGAGGCUGAUACUUCUUUAAAAGUGGCCGAAGUUAAGAAACUCUGCAAAGAAAAAUAAAUAAGCAGAAACAAAUAGCAAAGGCACGAGAGCAUAUCCUGACCUGACCGACAUUUGAAACCGAGGUUGUGUUUCUUUUUUCUUUUUUUCUUUUUAAAGUUUGAUGAAGCCUCCGGCCUCGCUCAUUUUUCUGGCCAUUUACUAGUCCUAACCUUGCUUGUCUGCUGCAUCUGCUCCCAAAGCCUUUUUGCAGUUGGGAGCGUGUUGAAAAGAAGCACACGCGUGGGAAUGGCGUGGAGGAGACACUGAAGGAAAACAGCGCCCAAAGAAUGUGCUCCUUUUUUUAGGGGCUUGUCAGCCAGCCUGGAGAAACGCUGACGGAGGGACCUAAAAAGAGCGACCUUUCCUGCUGCAAUUCCACUGUGAUGUAUGUAAAGUUGACUUGUACGUUAUAAAAGGAUUUUUUUAAAACAACAACGUGUCUUGAAGGCUGUAAACUCUGCUGUUUUGUUUGAAGAUGUAAAGAGACGGCUGUUAAUGAAAACCAAACCU